AUGUCGAGUUCGUCCCGCAAUGUGACGGCCUGGGACUUGGCGGCCAUGCGCGUAUCUAGACUGCAGGCGUCGGAUGGCAUGCAGGCGCUGUCGCGUCCUUCGUCUGUCAAGAGCACAUAUGGUGUGCGGCCUUUGCCUAUCAAUCUAGGAUCGAUGGAUGACCUGGGCUUACCGUCUUCACUCGCACCAGAGAAUGCGUCUGUGCCGAGCCAUGGCAUGCCCUCACGAAGUCGACGUGACCCGCUAGAUCUUUUCGAUACGUCCUUUGUUUUAAAACAAGAUACCCUGUCGCCAUUGCCUCACCACUGGGAAGGUCUUUCAGAUGCGACAAUUCGUUUGCGACGCCAGCAACGGGUCGUCGACAAAAGCGUAGAGAGAUCCUCUCCCUACGUGCCGGCUUCUGAUGCUGGCCCUAUGCGUGCGCGUAUCCCCAUAAUGCAACGCGAGUUUGAGCGCGCUAAUGCUGCGUAUCAACGAAGCUUGUUCUCGACACGAUCCCAAAGCCCAUCUAAAGAUGUAUCUUUGAACGAUGCCCACGAUCCAGCCGAGCGUGUCCGCCAAGCUUUGCCUCAUCGGAUUCUUUGGACUGACAAAAAUGAAUUGGCGUGGAAACAGGAUCGCUACGGCUGGCCUUUCUCGCCAAAGCGAGAAGAAUGCAUACCUGACAGUCUGCUUCUAGAGGCACUGCAUUAUUAUGCAGCCCAAUUUUUCCACACAAAUGACGUGCUAUCACCCGCACUCGCUGCAGCCACGCCGUCGGACUCGCCUGCUGGUGUAUGCGAACAAAUUCGUGAUCAACAUGCGGCCGAUGAGCCGGACAUGGAGCCAGGUUCGGAGCUAUGGGAGUAUUGGGCGCGGCACUCUCUUGGCUGCGGGCGAACGAUGCUGAGUCGUCUAGACGGCAGUGCCCUCGUGGCUCUGGCGUGUCUGGUCCAGGCUUAUACGCAGAAGCUCCUUCCGAAGCACGUGCCGUCCUCACCGAAAGAGGAGCUCGAUGACGCAUGGCUGAACGAACGUCCUCACAAGCGCCAAAAACGCCAAGAACGACGCGCUCAAGUUCGCGAGUUUUUUCAUACGCGAACAUGUACAUAA